ACAAACAUGUUCAGGCUAAUUUAGCACCCAUCGGCACGCGCGGGACCGGUCACUCAAUUGACAUUUAUUUCCUUUCGGUCCAAGCCCUUUCUUCUAUAAAUAAGCAUGAGAAGGAGGUGGACUCAGUCGUUCUACUAGGCGGCAACGAAGAGCGUACCAAAAGAUCCGGACAUCCUAAGCCCUUAAAACUAAUAUCUGAGUUCGAUUUGGUGAAGACUUCGACGGCAAUCAGAGGGCCACUUUUGACGACUGAUCCAAUAAGUAUGCUUAAACCUUGAUGUUUCACUGAUACCCUUUGGCUAUACAAAUCAAUUAGCUUUCAAUAGACCUCCUAUAGUUCAGUAGAGAUUGUGAAUUACAAAAAGGGAACUAACUUACAAAUGCGACUGGCCACACGGUUGCCACUCUUACUUAAUUCAAGAGACGAUUUUCAAGGACUGAAAAAUCUUUAAAUCAACGAUGAACAUUAGCCAAAUAAACUCAACGCUGGAAGUAAAUUCAAGUCAGAACAACAUUGCUACACCUUUCUACAAUUUUGUGCCUGAGCCACAGUCUUCAAGGACAAUUAGGUACGUAAUAUACUGCAUAGUUUUUAUAUUCGCCAUUGUCGGGAACGCCACCGUCUGCAUCAUUCCAUUCCGUCACAGACGCAUGCGCACGUGUACCUAUUUUUUAAUCACAAACCUGGCUGUCUCUGAUAUUGGAACAAUGCUGUGUUUACCCUACAUACUUGUCAUGGAGUGGCAAAAUGAGUGGAGCAUGGGAUCUGUUAUGUGCAAGCUUGUCAACCCCAGCUUGACAAUGUUCUACCUGGUCACCACCAACACUUUGGUUGCAAUUGCAGUUCAUCGCUUUGUGGUUGUAGUUUUUCCGUUCAAGUCUAAACCCGGAAAGAGUAGAGUAGCAUUGAUCAUCUUGCUUAUAUGGCUGAUAGCGUUUCUCUGCGUGUUACCUUCAUUUGGUGCCAGACAACUUGUAUUCAAUGGAGUGAAGGACAACGGCAAAACAAGUUACACAUGCGACGAAAUAUUCCCUGGAAAGACGAGAGAGGAUCAUGAGUUCUUCAGAAAUAUGUACACCAUAUUCCAAUAUGUCAUCAACAUCUUCUUGCCCAUUGUUAUCAUAGUUAUAUUGUAUAUUGUAAUUGCUUACAAACUUCGACAGAUGUCAUCAGCGCUUGGUUUUCGAAAGGACAGAAGAGACAGUCAAGGGUCUACAUCAUACCACAGUGUGGUAUCCAGAAAGAAAAGCAUAGACGACUUUUCUUUACGGAAAAGAAAUGAGCUCGAGAGAAAGUUUUUGCGGAUGCUCGCCGUUGUUGUCAUAGUUUUCGUUCUUUGUUAUGUGCCUUACACGACUUUCUACCUUGUUGUGUCAUACUAUCCGAUGGCAAUGACCUGGAAGUAUUUAGGAAUCCUCUACCACUACAUAUACCUGCUUAUGUGGUUUCCAAAUGCGUUAAAUCCGAUUUGCUAUGGUGCUUUAGAUGACCGCUAUGCCUCUAUAGUAAGGUCUCUCUGUUGUAUACGGAAUAGAGCUCAACGAUUUGCCAGCCGGCUUGCAAGCAAUGGGGUCAACUCAUCGGGAGGACGGUCCAACAGACCAGGACAUUUGUUCAGCCGUUCCAACCAAACUUUGCCCCCCAUAAAAGAGAAAUCAAGAACACAAACCUCUAAUAGAACUAUCGAGGAGCAUAAAAAUGGAAAUGGAAAAAAUUGGAAAACGUGCUGCAGCUAGUGUGCAUGAUAAAACAUGCAUAUCAAAAGAAGGCGGUAUUCUUGCCUAGGAGAACGAAUUGUUGUCUAGUUAAGUGGUCACGGCAUUCAAACUCUCAUUCCUAUCUGUAGACCUAGAAACCAGGUUGAACGUUCGUAGCUGUUAUCAGUAGAGAGAACCACUUAAUCCAACAUAAAAACUGUCUGGAGCGCGGGAAAAUUAAACGCGAACGACCAAGUCGCGAUUGGUUUGGUUUUGAUUGGUUGAGAAAGUGACGGGAGUUUUUUUGGACCAAUCACAACCAUUGCAAUAGAAGCUUACUUCCGACACUCAAUCGAAAUCGCUCCAAUACCAGUUGGACUGGUGA